UGCAGAUUUGAAGAUUUGCUUGCUUGUACAGUCGAUCAUCUUCUCCAUUUGAAGUUCCCGAUAAUAAUCUCACAUGAAUGGCGCCGUGAGAAAGAGAAAGUGAGGGCCCUAGCUAAGGAGAGAAGUAUUUGUUUAUCAUUUUUUCUAUUAUAGAGAGAGAGAGAGAGAAUCCUUCCCUCUCUUUGGCUUCCAUGUUUACUUAGGGACUGAGAAAGAGAGAGAGAGAAAGAAAGAGCGAAUCACGAAUUUGGAAUACCUAAAACGUCGCCCAAAUCCAACCACUGACGACUCCUGUUUCAGGAUUUUUCUUGUUAACACGGCAGAUUCAGGAUCUACCUCGCUCUUGUAAACCUUACUGAAACUAUGACAGGAUCAUUCCGUGGAGAAGACGCCAGAUAGAUUCUGCUAAUUGGCGCUAAUCUAUUGAUUCCAUUUCCUUCUUCCUCUGUUUCAGUUUGAUUGGGAAAAGAUCUCGAAAAUGCUCACCUGUAUAGCUUGUUCAAAGCAGCAACAGCACAUCGGAAAUGGAUCACGGACGCAUCAGGAUACAGAAGAAGCAGACACCGCCUCCACUCCGAGAACGAAACAAGCCAUUAAAGCACUCACCGCGCAGAUCAAGGAUAUAGCCCUAAAAGCUUCUGGAGCAUACAAACAUUGCAAACCGUGUUCAGGUUCAUCAAAUCGAAAUAAUCAGAACAAAAAUGAGUAUGCAGGUUCAGAUUCGGCAUCACUUUCGGAGAAAUUUCAUUGUUCUUAUCAAAGAGCUGGUACUGCUAUUUCAACUCCAAUGAUGUGGAAGAAGGAUAUGGAGGCUAGAUUGAAAGAUCUUUCGAGUGCAGAAGGAACUCCAUCGACUGCAUCAAUUAGCGGUAGGACUGACUCUGCAUUGUUUAUUGAGGAAGAUGAAGUAAAGGAAUGGGUGGCACAAGUGGAGCCUGGUGUUCUAAUCACUUUUGUUUCCCGUCCUCAAGGUGGCAAUGAUCUGAAACGCAUUCGGUUCAGUCGUGAGAUGUUCAAUAAAUGUCGAGCUCAGAAAUGGUGGACUGAUAACUAUGACAAAGUGAUGGAGUUAUACAAUGUUCACGAGAGGCUCAACGAACAAGAAGAAACCCCCUCAGCAACUCCACAAAGAUCCGACAAUGAGAGUUCAAAGAUUGAAUCAGAUAAGAAGGGUGGACUUGUAGUGACUUCACCAUCUCCAAUCCAUUCAUGUUGUGUUCAUAAUACUGGUAUAUCUCCAAGAACACCAAGCCAUCCAAACACAAAUGCUAGGAAACUCGACGAUGAUGGUUCAUCGUCGAUUAGAAGAAGUAGUUCAUCGAGGGGAGAUGGCGAUGAUCAUCGCUCCAUUAGCAAUGCUAGUGAUAUGGAAACUGAAUGGGUUGAGCAAGAUGAACCGGGAGUUUACAUCACAAUUAGGGCAUUACCAGAUGGUACUAAGGAACUUAGACGCGUCCGAUUCAGCCGAGAAAGAUUUGGAGAAAUGCAUGCUAGGUUAUGGUGGGAACAGAACAGAGCCAGGAUACAAGAACAAUACUUGUGACCUAAUAUCCAUUAGCAAGCUCUUUAAGGAAGGAAGAAGACAGAACAAGGUUGUUCUGUAUUGUGUGGUUAGUUAACAAAAACUAUCUUUGUCGAUUGAAUUGAACUAUAUAAAUCUUUUUUUUCAUUUUUUUAAUAGAUAAUUAAAUUAAUUUCAAAAAAAUAGUCUUUGAUUAUUGGUUGAUACCCUUUGUUAUUUCAUUUUUCUAGUAAUACACAUUCUUACUUUGUAUUUA